AUGAAUGAAUCAACUUUAAAUCAGUUGAAUGAGUGCGAUUUGGAUAAUGCUUCCGAAAUGCAUCAAUUUGAUGAGACCAGCUGUGUUGUGGAUGAAAAAUUUGUCCCAAAGGUGGGAAUGAUUUUCAAGACAUUAGAAGAAGCUGGAAAGUUCUACAAAUAUUAUUCCAAACUUGCCGGUUUUUCUACCAAAAUAAGGAACACGACUCGGGACGGAGACAAGAUUAAGAAUCAACUAAUUGUAUGCACAAGAGAGGGGGGGUGGAAAUCAAAGAUAUCUCCAACUUUGAAGACAAACCCUUCAGCUGGGUUAAAUUGUCCUCCCAGAAUUUAUGUACACAUAAUGAAAGAUGUUGGUCUUUGGACAAUUUCCAAAGUUGUUUUGAAUUACUCACAUCUUUGUUGUCCAGACCAGGCUGAGAUGCUCAAACAACACAGGGAGCUUAGCAUGUUCGUGCGUCGCACCAUUGAAACCCACGAGGAAGCCGGAAUCAGACCGAGUAAAACUUACCAAUCAUUUGUGGCAACAGCUGGCAGCCACCGUGAACUAGGUUUUAUAGAAAAAGACAUCAGGAAUUACUUCACAAGGGAAGUACAGAAUAUUUCUGAAGAAGACGAUGCCAAAGAAUUUGGAAAGUACCUAGUAAGAAUGAAAGAGAAGAACCAAAAUUUUUUCUUUGAGCUUAACCUUGAAAGCAAUCACUGCAUUAAACAUGCAUUCUGGGCUGAUGCAAGAAGCAGGGGUGCAUUUGAUUAUUUCGGAAACAUGGUUUCAUUUGACACCAUCUAUAACACAAACAGGUACAAUUUGGUUUUAGGUUCUUGA